AUGACAGAUGAGUUUCUGUUUCAAGACAAUAAGAACCAUACUGUCUGUAUAAAUCCAACAAAAGGAACUUUAAACGAGAAACCUAUAAAUGAACUUCUUUUGAAAGCAGAUAUUGACAACAAAGCUGACAAAGAGUAUGUCAUUGAAAAAGUUCAAGAAGAACAUGACAGAGCAGAUGCAACAUAUGCAACAAAAGAGGAUGUUGAAAAGAAAGCUGACAAAGAGUAUGUUGACGAUGAGUUAGCAUAUCUGGCUAGUGGGUUAGUGAAGAAGGCAGAUAAGGAAUAUGUGGAUGAAAAAGACAAUGAAAUUAUAAAAAGGGUUGAAUGGUACCAUGAACGGACAUCGAAGAUUUUAGAAGGUAAAGCCAAUACAGGGUGGGUUUCAGGAUGUUUAGACCUUAAAGCCGACAAAGAAACUGUAGAUAUGUUGACACAAACGGUUUCAAGUCAUACCAGAGGUUUAAUGGAAGAUGGACAACAGUUGAAAGAGCUUGAGAAAGGUGUUACAGAGUUAAGGAAUACAAAAGCAGACUCGACAUGGAUAAAAGGAUAUGUAGAUGCAACAAAAGAACGUAUUUUCGCAUGGACAGAAGGAACAUACCCACAAAAAUAUCAUAGACAUAGCAUCUCUGACGUAAAUGAACUUGAAGAAAGGUUAUAUAAGAAAGCAGACAAAACAGAGCUUCAAACGUUAAAGACUGAAAUACUUCAAACAGUAUAUCCUAUAGGUUCUAUUUAUACGUCAAUGAACUCUACCAGACCAGAAGUAGUACUUGGUUUUGGAACUUGGACUCAAAUAGUCGAAAGGUUUUUGUAUUGUGCAAACUCUUCAAAGGUAACAGGUGGAAGUAAAACGAUUUCAGGUGAAAACUUACCUGCACACAGUCACUACAUAAAUUUAACUACAGCUGAAGCAGGUUGGCAUAAGCAUAGAUAUUGGGAUUGGACAGGAAUGACAAAAGGUAAAGGAUAUGAUGUUAAAGACGACGUUAAGUUUGCUAUAAAUUGUUACUGGGAUGACACG